UGAUUUUUUCCCCUUCAAAUCAUUGAGAUUUCACCUGAAAUUGUUAUAUACAAAACAGUAGAGACAGCAGAGGCCAAAAGACGCCCUGAACCCUCGCCAUGCAAGCUGCACUAUACCACAGCGCAAUGCUACGAAAACAUGCUAGAAACAAGACCAGUGGCCUCAAGGCCCCUUUGCCAAUGCCAGUCCAUAAAAAUAAUCAGGUGAAGGGCCAACUACCCUCUAGUCGGCCCAAGCCGCACGCAAUCCAUUCUUCUACCCAAAGAAAACCAGUGUUAAAUGAGGCCAGCCUCUUGCAUCCGAUCCGAUCUGUAUUCCACAAAUCGCCAUCCAUUGGCCACUUGUCUCUUAUGAGGUCUAAAUCUACUACUGAUUGAAAACGGGCACCCUUUUUUUCUCAGCCACACGGCAGGUAAAGCAAGGUUUGGAUCGUUUAUGCGCCGGCCUCAGGGGCCUGCGAGCCCUUCGCAGCGGCUUCAGCGGCGAGCUUAGCUUCACGGCCUCCCCAGCUAUUACAUUACGUUAGC